AUGGACGAACCCAUCGUGCACCACAACUCGGCGGGUCAAGGUUCACAACAUAAAAUCCAAGAUCAGCUGCGGAGCUUGUUGUUGGGUUUCUGCUUUACACCAACGUCUGACUAUAAUACUCCGUAUGUAAUAAGGAUGUCACAAUCCCUUAUCUUUGGAGCAAAUCAGCCAGUUGGUGCAAAAAGGGACCAUGAGAUAAAAAUGGAGAUAAAGCAUGGACAUAAGUUGAAUAAAAGUAAAACUGUAUGUGAAACAUGA